CCAAAGGUGGAGAUUCGUGGGUCUGCGAUAUGUUGGGUUGAUGUUUGGUCUUUGAAACCCUCCCCCUCCCACGAAACAGCUUGCACUUUUCUAUAUGAUGGUUACAUGGUUGCUCAGAAUUGACGGCGAUGAAGGAACAAGGCUAAUUUGCAGUCUGAAAAGCAGAAUGCCUCUGAGCACGUAUAGAGCGCCGUUCCUUUGCCACGGUGCGGCAUCUCGCAUGCCUCUUUCCACGAACUGAGUUCUCUUUAUCUCUUAUUGCUUAUUGGUAUAAAGGCCUGUUAAUAUGGGAUUCAAGGAAAGCACUUUUUAGCUGAUUUCAGUUUUGGGUAGGAAUAUUUGUUUGCUUAUAACCCUGGUAGAAAGAAGCCUGUGAGGACUGUGAUAUGGAAAGGUGUUUUUUUUAGUAGCAAGUGCUACUAGCAAGUGAACUGGGGGCACCAGUAUGUAAACUGGGAGUAGAAAGGUUUAGACUUGAAAUAGAUGAAAAUUUUUGUUGAGCAUGUAUAGUGUAUACUUCCCUCACUACAGAUAUUAAUUUCAGUCUUCAUUGAGAUGUCAGAAACAGAAAAUGCAGCUUCCAAAUUACUUGGUUUUUUAAUAUAUGUUCCCAUUUUUAUAUUGUUUUUACGUUCUUGACCUUAUGGCAUGUUGAUGAGGAGAAUUGCAAUGUAAAAAUAAUAGUUCUGAGCCCUGUGAAUAAUUACCAAUUAACAAAGGGAUAUUAAUUAGGGGUGGAAGUUGUGUGGUGCACCUCUCAACUUGUUAAGGUCACUAUCAUACUUCAGGAUCAAUUUCCAAACUCAAUACUGGAAGUGAAAAGAGUAUUCUGUGAAUUGCCAUAGAAUGCUAAUAUAAGGAACAUGCUUAUAGCAUAGGUUGCAGAAACAUAUUUCUCUUCCUGAAAGAAGGGUCCUGGAUUAGGACAGGGCCAAGAUACUUUGCCACUAAAGUUAAAGGAGAAGAUGAUGCCAUCUUCAAUUCAUUACCCAGGAAAUGAACCAUAUGUCCUAUCUUACUUCUGGGGAAGCAGAAAAAAAAUUGCUGCAUUAUUCAGUCACGUGAUUCAAACUUUGUAAAAGAUCAUCUUGGAACAGAAUCAUCCAGCCAACUGGAAACUAUUUAUUAAAUAAAUCAAUAGACAGAUCAGAUACACAUGUCUUGGGAAGAUACCAUGAAAGAUAAAGUUACUUUUCAGGAAAUGGUUCGUGAAGCAGAGCUGGCAGUUGACUCUGCAGAAAUCUUUUUGCCAUCAUUUAAAGAAAGUCUGGUUAGAAUUACAAAAGCUUGUUGUAUUGCUGCUUCAGAUGAAAUAACAAUUUCUAUGCAAGAGGACUUACUGGCAAAGGAGCUAGAAGCUAUCCAAAAAAUGAAAGGAUUGUUAAUCUGGCUACUAGAGUCAAGCAAGGAAAAAGAAAUUAUCAGUAAAGAGACAAAAGAUUUGGAUCAGACUUUAUCAGAAAGUGCAAUGGAUGUUGAAAGCCUCAGAAAUGAAGUGAUUCAAAAAGAGAAGCAUAUUUUAGAGCUUUCAGCUCAGCUUCAGCAAGAAAAAGCUAAUGUACAAAAAACAUACCGCCAUUCUGAGGUAAUACAAGCAGUACAAACUCAUCUACAGUCUCAGGUAGAUAAAAAAGAGGAAGAAAAUAAUCAACUAAGAGCAAAAUUUCAGACAAUGGAGAAGAAUAUUGCUGCAUGGAAGAGACAAGUUGGUGAAUAUAAGCAGCAGAUUUUGGCUGAAAAGAAAAGAAAAGUGGAAAGGAGGAACGCCCUGAAAAGAGCAGCUGUUGUUCAGAAACAAAGAGCUGAACACAUGAAAGUGGCUGUCGAAAACUUGAUUUCCGAAUUUAAGGAGAAGGAAAUCCAAUUGUCUGAGGCAUUUUCAGCUUCUAAUAUCUGGAAAAGUCAUCACAGGAUUAUAAUAGAGGAAAAAACCAAGUUAGAGGUCCAGGUUGAAACUCUAAAAAAGCAGACCACGGACCUUGUAAUGGAUCUAAACAGAAUAGAAGAUGAUGGAAGAAAGUCAACAAACCAGAUUAUCCAAAAGAUUAAUUUUGUUGCUUCUGAAAAUAAAAAGAUUUCUACAGAAAAUUCAAAACUAAAGGCAUCUCUAGCCGAUCUGGAAGAAAAUUUUAUUACUGCAGAAGCUGAACUUGAAAAUUUACAUGAACAAGUGCAUCAGCAAGAAGAACUGAUUGAAGAAUAUAAAACUGAGGUGGCAAAACUAGAAAUGGAAGCCGAGCAACUGAGAACAAGAUACGAAACGGUCAUGAACGACAGCAGAACUACAACAGAAGGCAGAGAUUUAGAAAGGGAUGUGAUGAAGAGCCAAACGGAGGCUCGCCAGAAGGAGGUAGAAUAUGCCCGUGGCUUACAGAAAGCAGCUGAAGAGAAACUGCAGAAGGAUCAGGAAAGCCUCCUCUCCUGGCAAAAGAGCUGCGUAGAAAAAUCCAAAGCCAUUAGGGAGCUGCAGGUUCAGAUAAAUCAUAGUGAUGACUUUUUGAAACAGCUUUCUUUGGAAGAGGAAAAUUACAACAUUCAGCUAAAAUAUGAAGGAGUUAAAAGAAAGCUAGAAGAAAUUGAAUUGCAAAACAAAGAACUGGAAAAUCAGUUGGUGAAUCAAGAAGAUAGCCUUCAGAAAACUGAACUGCACGUCAAACAGAAACUUGUUGAAUAUGAUGCUUUAACGAGACAGUUGGAAGCUGCUUUGGAAGAUGGAAGGAAACAGUUUACAGAGGAACUAGAAAAAAUUAAUUCUAAGGAGCGAUCUUUUCAGUUGAAAAUAUUGGAUCUAGAAAAUGAAUUAAGAGAGAAGAAAAAAGAAAAGAAAGAGCUAUCCAAAAGACUGGACAGUCAAGAGAAACAUCAUGAAUUGUCUUUAAAGGAAGUAGAACACAGUCUUCAAAGAUCAGAAAACCAAAACCAAAGUAUCCAAAACUAUGUGAAGUUUUUGAAAGCCUCAUAUAUAACAAUGUUUGGCUGAACUUCCUUGGUUGUUGUUGUUUUUUUUCACAGACUAAAGCAUAUUUUGGAAAAGAUCUGUGUCUGUGUUUAUAGCAUUGGAACUGAUUUAGGAUCUCUUCCCCUUGUAUUCCCUGAAAUUCAUAAUUUUUGUCAAUUUUUAGCAAAGUACCCAACAUCUGUUGAAAAAAUCUCUACCAAGCAUGGCUGUUCCAGAAAAUUCUUGAGGGCGAAGAGGACCAGCUAUUCCAACUCUGAUAUGGAAGUCUAAGUUGAAGAGAUGGAAGUAGCAAGAACAUUGGAAAAAAGUAAUCUCAUAAUACUGGAGUUCUUGAUUUUGAGGAAACCAAAGCUGAGUGUAACCUAACAAGUAUCCUCUUGUUGUUUUUAAAAAAGCUAACAUUAAUAAAUUCAGAAUCAUAAUU